AUUUUCCUACGUUAAUAUUAACGAAACUGGGAAUAAUAGGUUAAAGGGCAUUAUAGGGAUUUAGAUUCCCCGAAAUCGUUUCUUCUACGAAUAGCUGUCGUGUAUGAUAAAAAUUGAAGUCGCGAAGCGUGGAUGAGAAUAGAUCAGCAGAGCGGACAGUUACGGGGACCGAGCGGCGCGAGUGGAGAGGGGAGAGAGAGCGAGUGGGCGAGCGAGUUAGGGUUUUGAAAAUCCUCAAUCGGUUCGAAAGGAAGAGUGCGUGAGCGAAUUGAGAGUUGGUGUGAGAGAGAGGUAAACUCGAGAGAGCUGUUCUUGAUUCCAGAAAUUUUCGGAUUGAUCUCAUCAUGUCUGACCGAAAGCUUGUCGUUUUGGGCAUUCCAUGGGAUGUGGACACAGAAGGACUCAGAGAAUACAUGAGCAAGUUUGGGGAUUUAGAGGACUGCAUUGUAAUGAAGGAGCGGACCACUGGUCGUUCUCGUGGUUUUGGAUAUGUUACAUUUGCAGCAGUUGAGGAUGCGAAGGCUGCAUUGACAAGCGAGCAUGUCCUUGGUAAUAGAAUGUUGGAGGUCAAAAUAGCCACACCAAAGGAGGAGAUGAGAGCUCCACCAAGUAAAGUGACCAGGAUUUUUGUGGCAAGGAUUUCACCAUCUGUGACUGAAGCUAUGUUCAGAAGUCAUUUCGAGAGGUAUGGUGACAUAACAGAUUUAUACAUGCCAAAGGAUCCAACUGCCAAGGGCCAUCGUGGGAUUGGAUUUAUCACUUUUGCAAAUGCUGAGGCAGUUGAUGAUCUGAUGGCUGAAACCCAUGAAUUGGGAGGUUCUACUGUAGUCGUGGAUCGGGCAACCCCAAAGGAGGAUGACUUCCGACCAAUAAGUCGAAUGCCUCAGGGUGGUGGCUAUGGUGCUUAUAAUGCUUACAUGCAUUCUGCAACUAGAUAUGCUACACUUGGUGCUCCAACCUUGUAUGAUCAUUCCGGUCCUAUGUAUGGAAGAGGAGAAACAGCUCCUGGAAUGGGCAAAAAGAUUUUUGUUGGCAGGCUUCCUCAGGAGGCAAGCGUAGAAGAUCUCCGUCAGUACUUCGGGAGAUUUGGUCGUAUUUUAGAUGUUUAUGUUCCAAAGGACCCCAAGAGAACGGGUCACAGGGGAUUUGGUUUUGUGACUUUUGCCGAAGAUGGUGUUGCAGAUCGUGUAGCUCGGAGAUCUCAUGAAAUAUGUGGACACCAGGUUGCAAUAGAUUCAGCUACACCAAUUGAUGAUGCUGGCCCCAGUAGUAAUUUCAUGAUGAACAAUCCUGAACCAUUCGGGUAUGGUGGACCUAUUCGUUCCUAUGGCAGGAUGUAUGGGAGCUUGGAUUUUGAUGAUUGGGGCUAUGGCAUGAGUGGUGGUAUGCGCGGCGGCAUGGGUGGUGUUGGUAUGCGUGGUGGCAUGGGUGGUAGUAUGCGUGGCGACUUUGGUGGUGGAAGGCCUUCUCGUUCUGAUUACAGGUAUAGGCCUUACUAGAGGUCGGAAGGGAUGGCUGAAUUUGUAUUUGAAUAUUAUUUUAAUGACACAAUGCCUCGGUGCAUCUGCUAAUGGUAGUGUGCCGACUGUUGAAAUUAUCAUUAACUAUCAGACAAUGUUUCCAAAUUUACAAUGUUUAUUGUUCUGGAUUGUCUCUGUUUAAAAUCAGACUAUUUAUACCUCUUUUAUGUAGUACUCUACUCUGUGCUAGCAGCUUUUAUUUGUAGACAAACCUUGCUUUUAUUUCAUUAUUUAAGAAAAGCGUGCUUUCCAUUUCCUGUUA